AUGACGCGCAACUGGCAAGAUAUCGCAAAGGCCAAGCGAGCAGCACUGCUCGAGUCUAUCCCCACAGAAUGGCGUAUACCAGCCGAUCUAAUGCCUCCCGAGUCUCAACUGGAUGUGACGGGCUUUCCACAAGAGAGUGGCUUCUUCACCGACGACGAACUGAAGUUCACUUCUACCAAGGUCCCAGAGCUGUUGCAGCAGAUCCACAGCGGCAAAUGGAAAGCAGUCGAUGUUACAUCAGCAUUCUGCAAAAGGGCUGCGGUAUGCCAUGAACUCACAAACUGUUUGUCCGAGACUCUUUUUCCGGAAGCACUGGAGAGAGCAAAAGCCCUCGAUGACCAUCUGCAAAAGACUGGAAAACCUGUUGGUCCCCUCCAUGGUCUUCCCAUCUCGCUCAAGGACAACUUCAAUAUCAUUGGCAAAGACUCGACUAUUGGCUUUGUUUCCUGGGUAAAUCAGCCGGCUACGUAUAAUACUGUUCUGGUCGAUGUAUUGACCAAAGCCGGAGCGGUGCUCUACGUCAAGACGAACGUUCCCACUGCGAUGAUGAUCGCAGAAUCCGUAAACAACACGUUUGGUCGAACCGUAAAUCCUCAGAACAGAAGCCUCACGUCGGGAGGCUCGAGUGGAGGAGAGAGUGCAUUGAUCAAGUUUGGUGGAUCUGCUAUCGGAGUAGGAACCGACAUUGGUGGCUCGCUACGUAUACCAGCGGCUUGCUCCGGUAUCUUCACACUGAGACCUUCUUUCGGCCGAUUCCCUACAGCCAAUGCAAAAUCAGGGCUGGCGGGACAAGAAGCAGUCAACUCUGUGAAUGGGCCAAUGGCGCGUACUCUGAACGACAUCGAGUUCUUCGCAAAGAACGUUGUAGAUACGGAGCCUUGGAAGCUUGAUCCAAAGUGUCUGCCCAUUCCGUGGCGCUCUGUUGAUGUAGGCCGAAAGCUCAAACUGGGAGUCAUCUGGAACGAUGGCAUGGUUAUGCCGACUCCCCCGGUCCGUCGAGCGCUCAAGCAUGCUGUUGACAAGCUGCAGCAAGCCGGCCACGAGAUUGUUGUGUGGAAGCCGGAGCUGCACUCAGAAGCAGUUGAUAUGCUUGCGCAAUUCUUCGUGGCGGAUGGAGGUAAGUCGGUCAAAGAGAUCCUGGCCCCAGUGGACGAACCUUUCAGAGAAGAGAUGCUGGCGUACAAGGACGCGACCGAAAUAGGAGUGCAUGCACUGUGGCAGCUUCAAGCAAAAAGAACGAAACUGUGCAAGGAUUACCUCGAUCGAUGGACCCAAGCAGGUCUCGACGGAAUCUUGUGCCCAACAACACCUUUCGCGACAGUGGAACACGGCAAGUUCAAACACGUAGGCUAUACAGGCGUGUUCAACAUCCUUGACUAUUCGGCUGUAUCGUUCCCCAGCGGAAUAGAGGCAGACAAGCAGUUGGACAAGGCGGAGUCGGGCACUGAACCAUUGUCGCAAAUCGAUGCACAGAUCCAGGCAGAAUACAAUGCAGAGGCAGUGCAUGGAAUGCCAGUUAGUCUGCAGCUCGUUGCUAACAGGUUGGAAGAAGAAAAGGCCGUGGCAAUGACGAGGGUGGUCAUGGAAGGACUUGGGAUCGCGGUGUGA